AAACUUUUAUAUCACUUUUAAUUGAUCCAAAACUAUGUCCAACUUGUGUCUCACGCAUCUAUGUCUUCGUCGACUGCUUGUGUCCGGCAAACGAUGGCCACCAGUGGUCGACCACAAGAGACAUUUGUUUGGGUUCUUCAGGAAGUCUAAGGCGCCCGGCGUUUAUAUCUUAUUCCCAGACAUACCAUCGGAUACUCCAGAGACAAACGAGUUGUUGGUUUUACCGGCAAACGACUCAACGCCGACUCGAUUCACACGAUUAUCAUCGGAAAAGUGUGUCAAAGCCGUGGCCAAGAUGUCCAUCGACUUCGACUCGUGCAUCGACUCAUUGGAUCAACAACUGGAACAAAAGAAAUUGUCCCAAAGUUUCGACGAAGUGAUGGCACAAAUCGAGGAGCGAUUGGUUCCCUUAGACUACGGGAUGUCAACGCUUCGGCUGCUGAGGGCUGUCGACAAACAGCGAUACGACUUCAGACACUUCGACCAAUUCUUCAACAGAAUCACUGCCACCAAAAUCCGACGCUUCCGGAGUCCACAGAUCUACUACUUUAUGCGCGAAAGCGACUCAAAUCGGGAUCAACUCGAUGGCCAACAGCGACGAGUUGUCGACAAAUACCUAUUGGAGGCGAAACUCUUUGGCACAACACUAUCGGCUCAGGAGUCGCCUAUUUUAGCGCAAAUCCACACCAAUCUCGCGGAGGAGAAGACGAAAUACAGCGAAAACUUAGCCGAAGCCACGAAACGCUUCUCGCAUACCAUCGACGACCCGUCGCUGUUAGGCGUACUGCCGGACGAGUUGAUCGCAUCGAUCGGCAGCCACAGCAACGCCACGAUAACCCUUCACUCGUCGGUAUUCAACCCAUUCAUGGAGUACUGUCCGGACCGGUCGUUGCGAUGGAACCUAUGGCUCGCGUACAACAGCCGCUCCUCGCCCUCCAACGACCGGCGCAUUAGUAACAGUAUUCCCAUUGAAAACAUUCGGGCGUUGCGUCGAAAACAGGCCCAAGUGCUGGGCUAUGAGAACUAUGUGGAACUGUCGCUCGAGACCAAAAUGGCCCGCACUGUGGAUAACGUGCGGACAUUCGUGUCGACCCUUCACACGAAGAGUAAGCACGCAUUUGACGCUAAUUUCAAAGAGUUGACCGAAUUUGCCGAACACAGCGGUUCCCACGAGUCCGGAGCCAAACUAGAGCUCUGGGAUCUGCCGUAUUGGCAGAGAAAGCUACUGAAGUCCAAGUACUCCAUCGAAGACACUCGUGUCAAACAGUACUUCCCUCUGAGCGCUGUUCUCAACGGUAUGUUUCGUUUGGCGGAAAACCUGUUCGAUGUUAAGGUAGAAGAGGUGCCGACCGACCGGUUCGAGUCGUGGCAUAAAGACGUCCUGUUCUUCCGUAUACUUUCACCCAAACAAGGAAUCGUUGGCUCCUUUUAUUUGGAUCCUUACGCUCGAGUCAACCAAAAGUCUCGUUUCUCUUACAACGAGUUGUCUCUGAAUCGUUGCCAUUCACUGCAAACAAAACCCAUUUCUUGUUUGAUCGCAAACUUUGCCGAACCGUUAAUCAGCGGACAGUCCACUCAACUAUCGUUCGCUCAAAUCAUAUCUCUGUUUAAACAGUUUGGUCACAUUCUGCAGCACUCUCUGACUGAGAGCCGAUAUGCGGAGAUCAGUGGUCUGGCCAGUCAGGAGUGGGAUGUCGUCAACUUCUUCCCUGAGUUUAUGGCCCUCUGGCCCCUCAACUCGUACGCAACGCUGUCGUCGUGCAGCGCACACGUGUCCGACGGAUCACCCCUUCCGGAACAGGAGUUCGACAAAAUACGGCGCGCUCACUAUCACUUCUCAUCGUUUGACUUAAAGCAUGAAAUAUAUCGAAUGGCACUCGACUUAGGCCUCUAUACGGGCACAGAGUUCUGGGCCAACAUCCGAGACCAGGUGUGGGACGAAUACAUGAGUCCAUUCAGUCGUGACAAGUUGGACGCACAUCCCUGUUCUUUCAGAGCCAUAUUCUGCGACGACUUCGCCUCCGCUUACUUCUCAUUCAAAUGGGCAGAGAUGUUGGCAUCGGAUGCGUUCGCUGCCUUCCAAGCGGUCGGCGUCGACGACCACAAGGCUGUCGCGCGAGUCGGCGCCCGGUUUAAGGACUCAUUUCUCACGCAUAGCGGCGACUAUAGUAGUAAUGAAAUAUUUAGGCGAUUCUUAGGCAGAGAUCCGUCGCCGGACGCCUUCCUUAGGAUUAAUGGUAUUCACGGAAAGGAUAGUCAUCUUAAAAAGGACUCCAUUUUAGGUAAUGAGAAAACGGCAAACGAAGGCACGGCUGAGAAACAUGUGAAUUGAGUCCUUAUAUAAUAUAUAAUUUAUAUGAAAUCAUUAGUUAAAUAAAUAUUUUGCAAUGAAUUUGAUGACUAGAAUUGUAAGAAAGCUUAGACUUACGUAAAGCCCAAUCAUUAUAUGUGUCGUUAAAACCAAUUGAAAUCUUUUAUUUUGUGUCAUUAAUGCUAUUAAACAAACAAAGAUUUUAUGAUUAAAACAA